UCAAAGUAUAGCCGCUAUGACUUGGAGAGCUGCUACCUGUUUUCAGUUCUAUAAUAUUAGUGUUAAUGAAGUUUUAGUGACUACAGCCAAUGAGUUGUCAUACAACUAUACAUUUUCUAAUGUGGAUACAUACAAAUUUGAAUUAAUUACUGUUGGUUAUCUUGGAGAUAUAAUUGGUGUUUUAAGUGAAACCUACAAUUGGAGACCUUUUGAGUUUACAUCGGGGCUUAAAUUUAAUGUGGAUGAAAAUAUUCUUAGUUUCACAAUUCAGGGUCGUCGUCAUAAUCAGCCUCCAAUUAAUAACUGCAGCAUUAUUGUAGGUAGUGAUACAGGAUCAUGUUUAGGAAAUGAUACCAUUCCUUUUAAUAAUGUUGUGUUAUCAUCUGAUACUAAUAUCAGAUAUAAUAUAACUGUUAUUAAUGAUGCUGGUAUAUCGAGUGAUAUUAAUAUUUUAUCUGGAGAUCUGGAAAGAGUUAUAAAUGUGACGCAAACUAGAAACAAUUCCGUUUUUGUAACAAAAACUUUUGCAACAAUUGUGACAGAAACAGUGCCAGGAAAUUACACAUCUCCUAUUAUUGGUGAUCCUGUUGUAUUUGCUGCUCCAUUCAUUGUACUUGGUAUAUUAAUAAUAUUGUCUAUAUGUUGGAUUGUGCUGAGGAUAUGUUGGAAGAGACAAUGUUGCUGUCCCAGGAUUUGGAGGAGUAGCUUUUGGUUAAUUUUCUUUUGCUAUGAUUGUUGUACUUAUGAUGCUGAAGAAAAAGAAGGGAAUACUAUUGGUCUAAAGAAUCCAUCUGUUGGUGAGGAGAAAGGAGGUGAUACUUCUCUUUAAGUCAUUUAAAACAGUAACUUUCUUGUGUAGUUGAUUUAAGCCUCAAAAGUAAUAACUGCAAAUAAUAUUUUGCAAUUGUGCUAUGUUACUACUAUUGUUUUUGUAGUAUGUCUUUACUGUGUUGCUACUUUGUGUUUUUCAAAGAACAGUUACUAAUUAAUAUGUCCAUAAGCAGUGUUAGUGUGUGUAUUAAUAUCUUGUUGUUGUUGUUGUUUAUCAAUUAUUGGUAAAUCAUA